AAGUUAUAUAAAACAGUAAGUUAACAGGUACAAUAACGAAUGCAUAUAAAUUGGUACCAACAAACGAUGGUCUCCUUUAUUAUUGUUAUUUUCUCCUGUUGGGUCAGUGUUUGCAAAUUAUAUCAUAUCAUAUGCAACAGUGUUGACAGGAGUUUAAAUUAAUUGAUAUUGAUUAACAAGUUCAGAGUGGUCAACACCCUUUUGUAGUAUCUUUCAUAUUCGAUUAUUAAUUUAUAUUCAUUUUCCACCAUCAAUAACGUUGGGCUGCAGAGAUAAUUUUAAGAAUAGUGUAGAAGCCAGAGGAGGGGUUGGUUCAAAAUCCAAGUACCAAGAAACGGUGCACCUAGUCAAACCCAAAAUUACCAAAAUGGCAAAAGUCCUUUUAAUUUUAGCCUCACCAGCUUUAUCCUCAGCUUUCAUAUAUAUAUUUUUAUUAAUAAGGAUGGUUUUAUCAAUAGGUUCUUAACCAGUCUCUCGUUGGCAACCAUUUCCUCGUAUGACUCGGUGAGCUAAGGCCAUGACGAAAAGGUCUGAGAGAGAUAAUGAGAGAGAAUUGCUAACGUGGAUUUCUAUAAUAAAGACAAAAGUCUCUACAAUAAGCAAAGAGAAAUAAGGACAGAAAGGUUGGACUAUGUGCCACGCUGUGCCUACUUUAUGUGGUCAUUUGAGUGAUUCCCUCUCCCUUGGAAGGAAUGGGAUCACGUUCAUUGCUUUCUUAUUUUAAAAUUUAAAGUCUUUCCUCGGUCUUCUAUUAUGGCUUCAAAAGAAAAUUGAUGCAUCAUAAUCAUAUAGAUAGCUUUUGAGACAUAAGGGUUAACAGCAACUGCUGUAUAAGAGUGAUAAUAUUGCUUACAUCACAGGGGCGCGAAGAGAUGUUGGAAGGAAAAGCUUUGAUAGUUGAUACCGACAUGCCAGUCAAGAUGCAGAUCCAAGCCAUGGCAUCCGCUUCUGAAGCUCUCGAUCUCUACGAUGUAGUUGAUUGCAAAUCCAUUGCUGCCCACAUUAAAAAGGAAUUUGAUACAAGAUAUGGUUGUGGAUGGCAAUGUGUGGUGGGUUCGAGUUUUGGAUGUUUUUUCACCCAUUCCAAGGGAACUUUCGUAUACUUUGCUCUGGAGACUCUCAAUUUCCUCAUCUUCAAAGGGGCUUCUUCUCUUCUCUGAGUAUCCCACGGUCAUGUCUGGUUGGUUGUAAAGAAAGUUCCACCAGAGGCAACUCCCGAGUCAUUAGUGGAAUUUGAAGGGUGCCUUGAGGUGUGAGCAGGGUCCAUUCUGAUUUUGUAUAUAUGAUAAAUCAUUUCCUCUUCUUCAGUUUUUCUUUUGCUGCUAGUGCUAGGAGUUAGGUUCCCUUGUGACCUUAUCUGAAUUUUCUGGAUAUUGUAUGUUAUUUUUCCAAUCCCUUAUUUAUCCGUAGUCAGAAGAAAGACCAGUCUUCCCUUUACCUAUAAAGUAUAGUGCAAAUCAUAUCAUAUGUUUACCAAAAAGAAAAAAGAACAUAGGCUAGGAAGGCACAUGUUGAGUGAAUCAAUUUGAUCAAAGAAGACAUCGCUCCAGUUCAGAGAUGAAGAAAGAACCACAGCUACUGUAUCUGAGAAUAAUAAAAUUCGGGCGUAGUGAAAUCAGAUAAGACAAGAAGCUCCUGGAAUCAAGUCACAAUAUUCUGAAUGAUGAGUGGGUCCAGCUAUCUCUUUUCUUUUCAUGUCUGUGGGGUACUUUUACUUUUCCUUUUGAGAUCAUUUAAGUAUAUCUUAAUCUUAAUUUGCACAGGAACUCUGGAUAAGAAAUAAUGACACCUAACCUCACACUAGUUUGAACAGAGAAUGAAAUUAAAAUAAUAAUAAUAAUAAUAAUUGGUCAGCUUGUUAGUUAAAUAAAUUUACUAUUUAGUAUUCUAACUAUAAAGAUGAAGUUCUCAGAUAGACAAUUAACAAAUGUUCUUCAAUUAACAAAUUUGAAGAAGGAAUUCGCAACAUUAAUUUGAUGCACAAUGAUGAAGAUUUUAAAUGGUAAUUGCAUCUUCACU